CAUGUCUCAAGAAACCGACGCUGAAAAGAACAUCGAGAUCUGGAAGGUCAAGAAGUUGAUCAGAUCGCUUGAAGCGGCCAGAGGAAAUGGGACGUCUAUGAUUUCGUUGGUGAUUCCACCAAAGGGACAGAUUUCACUCACACAGAAGAUGUUAACUGAAGAAUAUGGUACCGCUUCCAAUAUCAAGUCGCGUGUUAAUAGAUUGUCGGUGUUGUCGGCAAUUACCUCUACCCAGCAGAAGUUGAAGUUGUACAACUCAGUGCCCAGGAACGGGUUGGUUGUGUACUGUGGAGAUGUGAUCACUGAUGAAGGUAAGGAAAAGAAGUUGAACAUUGACUUUGAACCUUUCAAGCCUAUCAACACCUCCUUGUACUUGUGUGACAACAAAUUCCAUUUGGAGGCGUUGUCAGAGUUGUUAGAAAACGAUGACCGGUUUGGAUUUAUCAUCAUGGACGGUAAUGGAGCUUUGUUCGGUGCCGUCUCGGGAAACACGAGAGAAGUGUUGCACAAGUUCACUGUGGAUUUGCCCAAGAAGCAUGGUAGAGGUGGUCAGUCUGCCGUUCGUUUCUCGCGUUUGAGAGAAGAAAAGAGACACAACUAUAUCAGAAAAGUUGCCGAAGUCGCUGUGCAAAACUUUAUCACCGCCGAUAAGGUCAAUGUUAAAGGUUUGAUUUUGGCUGGUUCGGCUGAUUUCAAAACCGAGUUGUCCAAGUCUGACUUGUUUGACAACAGAUUACAGGCCAAGGUGAUCAAGAUCGUCGAUAUCUCCUAUGGGGGUGAAAACGGGUUCAACCAAGCUAUCGAGUUGUCUGCUGAGACAUUGGCCAACGUCAAGUUUGUCCAGGAAAAGAAGUUGUUGAAUGAGUACUUUGACGAAAUCUCUCAGGAUUCUGGCAAGUUCUGCUACGGUAUCGAAGACACCUUGAAGGCGUUGGAUUUGGGAGCCUGUGAAACCGUCAUUGUGUACGAAAAUUUGAACAUCAUCCGUUACACCUUGAAGGACGUUGAAGGAGUUGAGGUCGUUGCUCACGCUAAUCCAGACUUGGCUGACAAGUCGUGGCAGGAGGACAAAAAGACUGGCACUGACAUGGAAAUCAUAAAAGAAGAGUCUUUCUUGGAAUGGUUGGCUGAAAACUACAAAAACUACGGUGCUAACUUGGAGUUCGUCACUGACAGAUCAUCUGAGGGUGCCCAAUUCGUCCAAGGUUUCGGUGGUAUCGGUGCUAUGUUGAGAUACAAGGUCAACUUCGAACAGUUGGUCGAUGAAUCCGACGAUGACGAAUACUUUGACGACGAUGACGACUUCAUAUAAAUCUAGAGUUUUCAGUAAAUUAUAGUUCAGGUCAGGCGCAAAUAACAUACACAUCAUCAUCUAAAAAGACAUACAUCAUCUGUCUUGGUAAUUCCCGCUUUGGUCCUCAUGUUUCCUUUCCUUUGGGUCUUUUAUGUUUCCUUGUUCUAGCUUUUACUUUCAAUAUAAACUGUAUAAUCUUUC